UUCUUUGAAAAGGGGGGUGGGGAGAGGCCAUGGCCGUCCCAGCCAAGAAGAGGAAGAUGAACUUCUCUGAGCGAGAGGUGGAAAUCAUCGUGGAGGAGCUGGAACUGAAGAAGCACCUGCUGGUGAACCAUUUCAACGCCGGGGUCCCUCUGGCUGCCAAGAGUGCGGCCUGGCACGGCAUCUUAAGAAGGGUCAACGCGGUGGCCACCUGCCGCAGGGAGCUGCCGGAGGUCAAGAAGAAGUGGUCUGACCUCAAGACCGAGGUCCGUCGCAAGGUUGCCCAGGUCCGGGCAGCGGUGGAGGGUGGCGAGGCCCCAGGGCCCACUGAGGAGGAUGGAGCCGGUGGGCCUGGGACGGGUGGUGGCAGUGGCGGCGGUGGCCCAGCUGUAGCCCCCGUCCUGCUCACCCCCAUGCAACAGCGCAUCUGUAACCUGCUGGGCGAGGCCACCAUCAUCAGCUUGCCUAGUACCACAGAGAUCCACCCCGUGGCCCUUGGACCCACAGCCACUGCAGCCGCAGCCACGGUCACCCUGACACAGAUCCCCACGGAGACCACCUACCACACGCUGGAGGAGGGAGUGGUAGAGUACUGUACCACGGAGGCCCCACCAGCCCUCCCAGCCGAGGCUCCCGUGGAGAUGAUAGCUCAGCACCCUGACACUUCGGUCAAACCUCAGGCGCUCAAGAGCCGCAUCGCCCUCAACUCUGCCAAGCUGAUCCAGGAGCAGAGAGUCACCAAUCUGCACGUGAAGGAGAUCGCCCAGCACCUGGAGCAGCAGAACGACCUACUGCAGAUGAUCCGCCGCUCCCAGGAGGUACAGGCCUGCGCCCAGGAGCGCCAGGCCCAGGCCAUGGAGGGCACCCAGGCAGCGCUGAGUGUCCUCAUCCAGGUCCUCCGGCCCAUGAUCAAAGAUUUCCGCCGCUACCUGCAGAGCAACACGCCCAACCCCACUCCCGCCUCGGACCCUGGACAGGUGGCCCAGAACGGGCAGCCCGACAGCAUCAUCCAGUGAGGACGGGGGCCGCCCCAGCCUUCUACUGUAAUCGGAUGACAUCAGUGUGGUCUUCUAAGUGGGCUCUGUGACUGGCCUGAGGCUAGCGCUGGCCACGUGGACAGCUCUCUCUUUGUUAGACUGUGAGGGAGACUGAAAAGAAGUUGUUGGGCUCCUGGGACUCGAACUCUCUUACCCUCACCACUUGAGCUGCCUUGCUGAGAACCUGAAGAUUGGUUGGGGGAUGGGGGAGGCUGGACGCUGGUGCUGCUACACACGUUGUCACGAACCAAGGGUUGUGACACCACCCAGACUCUGUCUAGGACAACUGUAAGGAAGGUUCUGGCUGGGGGCCGUCUCCCAGCCGGGGUCUGUGCUGAACGGCUCCCCCUACCCGACCCAGUGUCAUCGCUUCGAAUAAGAUGUCAGUGGUGCUGGUAGUGACACAGUAGCGGGGCCUGAGGAGGAAACUCCACCCUUUUCUCCUUUGCACUGUGCCUCAGUUCUCAGGGGAUUCUAGUCAAUCUGUGCUCUCCUCACUACCCCCCCCCCCCCAACCCUGGGCUGGCUCUGCAGUACACCCAGCGUGCAGCCCUCUGGGCUCAGGAAUGCUGGGUGUCAUGGGGACUGAUUGGCCACCAUCUUGUCUUCCACUGGAUCCCUGGGCAGCCCGUUAGUGGUUCAUCCUGAAAGCUUUUGACCCAGGUCAGGCAUCAGGCUUUGGGUGCUGUAAAUUUGAGAGAAAACAGACCCGCGUGGAAACAUGUUGCCCCCCGGCUCCCCUGCAGUGAGUCUGAGGUGACCGGUUGGCUUCUUCCAGAAGGCUUGCUUCAGCACAGUUGUAUUUAUUCUGUGCCUCGGACCCCUCCUGGGAAAGAGGGGGCAGCUCUGGCCACACCCUUCCUCCUUUCCUCUUCUGACUCCGUGAUUCCGAAACUCAGUGUGGGAAAAAGCCUGCUCAGCAUCCUGCCCCGGACUCCCUCUUCCCUUAUUCGGCGCCUCAUGUUCCUGCGAGACUCCCACUGGCUGGGUGAAUCUGAAGGCCUGAUUGGCCCUGAAUGUUUGAGGUGGGAGAGCCAGAGCUGACCUAAGAUGCGGGACCUUUGACUUCCGUGCUCGGGGAAGAGCAGAUCGACCUCAGAGCGCUGAAGAAGAAUCGCCAUCCAUCACUGAGACCCUGCGUCUUCCCAGAUCAUUCCCCAGGACCGCCAUUUUGCUGCCGGUGCCUCGGCCACACGUGACCAGCGAUUGCUACUUGAGGCUCCAGAUCUCAGCUAAACCGUCAAGGUGCUGCGCUUCUAGGCACGUGUGUUUGGAAUUGCUUGCUCCGUGGUUGCAGCCACAGCAAGGUGCCCCCAGAGAUGGUCGGGAGGUGACUGCCGGAUGGUACAGUCAGCCUCUCUAUGGAGGGCAGGGGCAGCGCCAGCUAUAGAGCAACGGAGAGGAAUCAGGCUGGGGAGGGGGUGAGUGGAGGAAGGAAAUCGCCACAGGCUGGAAAGCAGCGGCCCCUGGCAGCCCGGGCACACUCCCUCCGGGGAGCCUGACGGCCCUGGCAGGGAGGCUGUGGGGCCUUCCUGCGGACUUGCCACUCAGUUUGCUUUGUCUCUGGGGUUGGCAACCUGAGCCAGUAUUGCAUCUGUUCUGAUUGGGUAUAAAGAGGAAUCCUGGGUGAUCACUUAAACUGACUACUUCUUGCCAGGUCAUAAUUUUAAAUUAAAAACAUAUCACUUUUUUUUUUUUUUUUUUACACAUAUCUGUGUCUUUAUUGGUUAUAGGUAGGAGAUAAUGGGCUGGCAGAGAACAGGGGCUGGCAUAGUAUGGCCCAGGGGUCAGAUCUGGCCCAGCACCUGUCUUUGUCAAUAAAGUUUUAUUGGACACA